UAACCUUAGUGUACAAACUAGCAGUGUGACGACUGUUACUAUGAUGUUAUUUCUGUUCAUAUUAACAAUGGUGUAUACUGUGUUCUGCGACAGCAACGACGGCGGGAAAGCUCCGAGAAUUCUUCUAAAUGAUGGUAACACCAUGCCUGUUUUUGGUCUCGGGACAUUUCUAGGAUUUGAUGAGAACGGACAAAAACAAGUAAAAGAGAGCGAAGUGGAACUUCCAGUGACGUGGGCUUUAAACUCUGGAUACAGGUUAAUUGACACAGCAUCGUUAUAUUUCAACGAGGAGCAAGUCGGCCGUGGAAUACAAAAGUCAUCUGUCACGAGAGAAAAUGUUUUUGUCGUCACUAAGCUUGGAUUAAACGAACAGCGCCAUGUGUUGGAUUCGCUGCGAGCCUCGUUAGCUCGCCUCAAUACGUCCUAUGUUGACCUCUAUCUUAUUCAUAACCCGGUAGCCCUCAAGGCCGACCACAGCGGUUUCGAUGUUGUAGACUACGUGGACACGUGGCGCAGUAUGGAGGAGGCCAAGGCGCUGGGACUCGCCAAGUCGAUCGGCAUCUCAAACUUUAAUAUCAGUCAGAUCACCCGCUUGCUUGACAACUGUCACGUUAAACCCGCCGUCUUGCAAGUUGAGGUGAAUUUAAACUUAGCCCAGGACAAAUUAAUAGAAUACGCUAAAAAGGAGAACAUAGCUGUUAUGGCGUAUACGCCUUUUGGAGGGCUGUUCAGCAAGAGUCGGGGACCACCACCGCCACGCAAGGACCACCCCGCUCUGGUCAAACUGGCCAAUAAGUACAACAAGACCACGCCGCAAAUUGUGUUACGUUAUCUCGUCCAGAGAGGCGUCAUUCCAAUUCCUAAGACAGUUCACAAGGAAAGAAUAGAAGAAAAUAUUGAUAUAUUUAAUUUUGAACUAACGCCCGAAGAGAUGAAGUUAUUAGCGGAAUUCAAUAAAGAUUAUCGUACAGUAUGGCCGAGCUUUUGGCAGGACCAUCCUUAUUACCCUUUCGAAAAGAAAGACGUACCAGAUCCCGACAUAUUUAAAGCAGGAGUGAAAGUAUAAUGAUGUUCUACAAUGGCCCAAAAAACGACUGAUCCGAAGAAAACUGUCGUAAAUGACUUAAGAAAUUCCAUUGUAGAUGAAACUCUUCUCUUUGGACGAGUCGAUAUUUGAACAUGUACAUAAAUUUUCCGUGAAAUAAUGUACUGACAUAAUAAAUUCAAUUGCUUACUGA